CCUGUAAUAAAUAGUUCCAGUGAUACACCUUUGCCACAGGAGCUCCAGUCGCCAGAGGAAGAUAGGGCUAUUCGAUCUCCCCUGGAACGAUUUGAUUCUCGUCAAGAAAGGCCCAUCAUAGCUUUAUCUCAAGAAACUCUACUUUCAGCAGGAACUUUGGCGCCAUGUCAUGCAUUUGUGGAUAUCCCUCUGGACAAUCCCCGCCAUCUUUCUGCUCCUGCACCUUAUUCCGCCCCUCUUAAGCCGCAAAGAGUUGACUCGGCCUUAUUUACUGAAGUUGACACUGAUCUCUGUGUUGGGCUUAAUAUUUCACAAGACCUUGGUGCCGUUUCCACUAUAUCUCCUCAGCCAUGCCCUUCACCCCUUUCUCAACAUCCAACCGAUCCUUCUAUGCUUUCGAUUGCUUUAUUCGGUGACAGCUUAUUCAGUGAUAGCCUUAUGCAAAAUUCUAUUACCGCGGUUCCUGGAUUAAAAAACAGGACAAUAAAUCAAACUAGUGAUCAAACUGAUGGGUUCAUUUCCUUAUCGAAUCUAGAAAGAGAAACAGAUUCGAAGGCAGUUGAUACGGUUGUAUCAGAAGACUCCCAGAUGGUAAACGUUCUUCGUGAUUCACUUUUUACUUGGCUUUUUUUCUAA